CUGUUCCACCUUCGACCGGGCAACAAGUGUGUGUGUGUGCGGCCCAAAAGGAUCCCCAGACCCGAACUCACUCUAGUUUCCAGCAAAGGGACAGGUUUCAGAGAUGGGCAUUGCCUUGAUGUUCCUGCUGGCGCUGUACCAGAUGCAGUCGGCCAUCCACAGCGAGAUCAUCGAAACGCCCAACUAUGGCAACUCGUUGCAGGACACUGAACCGGAGGUCAGUACUCCGCAGGACAAUGACCUGGUAGAUGCACUGCUCGGCAACGAUCAGACCGAGAGGGCGGAGCUGGAGUUCCGGCACCCCAUAUCCGUGAUUGGCAUCGACUACUCGAAGAAUGCCGUAGUCCUGCACUUCCAGAAACACGGCCGGAAGCCGCGCUACAAGUACGAUCCCGAACUGGAGGCCAAGCGGAGGUCCGUGCAGGACAACUUCAUGCACUUCGGAAAGCGGCAGGCGGAGCAACUGCCUCCGGAGGGCAGCUAUGGCGGCUCGGAUGAACUGGAGGGCAUGGCCAAGCGGGCAGCCAUGGAUCGAUAUGGCAGAGAUCCCAAGCAGGACUUUAUGCGGUUCGGUCGGGAUCCGAAACAGGACUUCAUGAGGUUUGGCAGGGAUCCCAAGCAGGACUUAAUGAGAUUCGGCCGAGAUCCCAAGCAGGAUUUCAUGAGAUUCGGUCGAGAUCCUAAGCAGGAUUUCAUGAGAUUUGGACGAGAUCCCAAGCAGGAUUUCAUGAGAUUUGGACGCACUCCGGCCGAGGAUUUCAUGAGGUUUGGACGCACUCCCGCCGAGGACUUCAUGAGGUUCGGACGCUCCGACAAUUUCAUGCGCUUCGGACGCAGUCCCCACGAGGAGCUUCGCAGUCCCAAACAGGAUUUCAUGCGAUUCGGUCGCCCAGACAACUUCAUGCGCUUCGGGCGCUCUGCUCCGCAGGACUUUGUGCGAUCCGGGAAGAUGGACUCAAACUUUAUUCGCUUCGGUAAGAGCGUGAAGCCGGAGGCUCCCGAAUCCAAGCAAACCAAGCCCAUUCAAGGCAAUCUAGGUGAACGCAGUCCAGUGGACAAGGCCAUGACGGAGCUGUUCAAGAAACAGGAGCUGCAGGAUCAGCAGGAUCAGCAGGUGAAGAGCGACGGACAGGCGACCACCACGGAGGACGGCAGUGUGGAACAGGAUCAGUUCUUCGGCCAGUGAAGGAGUCCUGCGGGACGCCUCCUUGUAAAUAGAUAUUGACAAACAGACGCAAGGAUCUAAAUUGAAAUACGUAUACUCCCCUCCUAACACGAACUCCUGACUAAUGUCUGAACUAUGAAUUUUUAAUGAAUGGGCUGGAUUAAAAAUUCACCGUGCUUUGAAGUUCUUAUCCUAUCUAUAAAUACCUAGUGUAAUACUGAAGAAAUUGAAAUUGGCGUGAAUAGAAUCGUUUGCCAACAUUUUAAAUAAAGAUUGCU